AUGCCCUGGUCAUAUAAUGAGAAGGACAGACGAAAGAUGGACAUGAAACUUUGGAACGGGUCCCUCGCGAAGAAAACGUCCUCGAGGGGGCCACCGACCAGAUCGGCUGACGUGUUCGUGGCACGGAUGGACCAGCUGAAUUCCCAGCUGGUAACGAGUAAUGGACCUGGACAAACGUCGCCGCCGCACUUCAAUACCAACAUCGUAGAUGACGCUAGCGAGAGAUAG